AUGGUCGUAUCAGAGAUUAGGCGUAUUCUGCAGCGCGAUUGGCAGGUUCGGAUCGAGCAUGUUUUCAGGGAGGGAAAUGCGGUGGCAGAUUUCCUUGCUUCAACCGGCCACUCCAUUCCUCCGGGAGUUCACAUCAUCAAUCAACCUAGUAGCAUGCUCAAUUACUGCUUCUUUUUUACCAGAUAG